AUGCAGCAGAAUGGGAUCAGCAGUGUCAAUCAACUGGGGGGGAUCUUUGUGAAUGGUCGGCCCCUACCUCUGGACACCAGGCAGCAGAUUGUGCAGCUGGCAAUGAGCGGAAUGCGACCCUGUGACAUCUCACGAAGCCUUAAGGUAUCUAAUGGCUGUGUGAGCAAGAUCCUAGGGCGUUACUACCGCACAGGUGCCUUGGAACCCAAGAGUAUUGGGGGAAGCAAGCCACGCCUGGCCACACCUCCCGUGGUGGCUCGGAUUGCUCAGCUGAAGAACGCAUGUCCAGCCCUGUUUGCCUGGGAGAUCCAACAUCAGCUUUGUGUCGAAGGGUUCUGUACUCAAGACAAGAUGCCCAGUGUCUCCUCCAUCAAUCGAGUUUUGCGGGAACUACAGGAAAACCAGAGACUGCAUUGGGCACAGCUCAGCUCAUCAGCUGUUUUGGCUCCAGCUCUUCCCAUUCUUCAUAGUGGUGAUGCUCCCAGAGGUCCUCACCCAGGAACUAGCCACAGGAAUCGGACUAUCUUCUCUCCAGGCCAAGCUGAGGCCCUGGAGAAAGAGUUCCAGCGUGGGCAAUAUCCUGAUUCAGUGGCCCGUGGAAAGCUGGCUGCAGCUACCUGUCUGCCCGAGGACACAGUGAGGGUCUGGUUUUCCAACAGAAGAGCCAAAUGGCGUCGGCAAGAGAAACUGAAGUGGGAAAUGCAGCUUCCAGGUGUUUCUCAGGAUCUGACAGUACCAAGAGCUUCUCCAGGGAUUAUCUCUGCUCAGCAGGACCUUGGCAGUAUAUCCACAGCUUCCCUGCCAGCCUUGGAACCAGUGCGUCCUUCCUGUUACCAGCUGUGCUGGGGGACUGCACAGGAGAGGUAUCCUAUUGACACUCACCAUCCAGCCUGUCUCCAGCCCUGCUGGGAUGGCUGCUCCUUCCUCCUUCCCAUGGCCACAUGUGUGGACUUUGCCUGGCCCUGCUUUGCUGCCCCUCCUAUGCAUCAACCAAUUGAAAGAUCUGGAGAAGCAACACCUACCCCUUAUUCACAUUGGCCAUAA